GGGCGCGCGCUGGGCGGGAGGCCGAGCCCCGCCCGUUGCCGCGGUGAAGGCGACGCCGCGCGGGCAAAAUGGCGUCGUUGGCGGGCGAGGAGCGGCGCAAGCGACUGAAUGCAGAAUUAGACGCAAAAACAGAAGAACUUGUGCGUCAGGCUGAAGAAUUAAUGAAAGGCCAACAGGAGAUACUGCCUAGACCAGUUUCAGUACAGACCAAGUCACGUGAAGACAACAGACAGAGAGGCCCGCUCUGUCCUGAAAUUUCAUCCCUUACAGAUUCACACGCCAAGCUGGGAAACAAAAAGAAAUGUGCUUCCCUGCCCAUGGCUCAGAACAGACCGUGCUCUGGAAGUAAGGGAAAAAGAACAGCUUCGAGUUCAAAAAUAAGAAACCUGGAAGUACGAAGUGCUGAUGAUGUUGCAGUACUGGAGGAUUGCAUAGAUUUUUCUUUAGCAAAAACAAUGAGCAAAAUUGAAGAAAAACUAGAGAGAGGAGGCUUACCACAUUGUCUAGAUGAUGACAUUCCAAGUGUUGGACAUGAAAUUGGAGCAGAAGCUCAAAUCAGAUUUCUUAAGGCGAAGUUACGUGUUAUGCAGGAAGAGCUGGAUAGUGUAGUGUGUGAAUGCAGGAAAAAGGCUGAUGAAAAUCAGAAUUUAAAAUCUCAGCUUAAAGAUACCGAAGAAGAAAACAUCAGCCUGCAACGAACAGUUGGUACACAACGUUCUCAGAUUGAAAAGUACAAAAUGCUGUUUCAAGAAGCAAACAAAAAAAGCGAAGGUUUACAACAAGAGGUCAUUGCUCUACAAAAGGAAUUGGAAAAUCUAAAGCGUGUACAAAAGAAGGCCUCAACCAGUCAGAGUGCAACAGAGGUUCGCUUAAACAGGGCCCUGGAAGAAGCAGAAAAGUAUAAAGUGGAGCUGAAUAAACUGAAGCAAAGCAACAAGGAUGCAGCUAACCAAGAACUGAAAAUAAUUGAAGAAUUAAAGAUGGAAAACAAGAAACUGCAAAAACAAAAAGGAGAGCUAAUGACAGGUUUCAAAAAACAGCUAAAGUUAAUUGAUAUUUUAAAGAGACAGAAGAUGCACAUAGAAGCUGCCAAGAUGCUCUCUUUUACUGAAGAGGAAUUCAUGAAAACUCUUGAGUGGGGAAACCAGUGAUUACACAGAUUUCAAACAGGAGUUGUUUUUUAAGUCAGCUGGUAUGUAAUUUGGGCACUGUAUAUGAAUGCUUGUUAAUAAUAGUAACUUUAUAUCUCAGUGAAUCGAUUUUGUUGCGUUUCUGUUGUUGAACUUUUACAAGCCUGAUAGCUUGCAUUGCGCUAUCAUAUGAAAUACAAAUUUCUACUGAAGUUUCGGGCCAAACUGUCCAUUCUGUAAUGAGCAGAGAAGUGUAGACUGUGCAGGGAAUAUUCCAACAAGUGCACUUUGUUAUCAGUCCACUCUACAUUUAAAACUAGGCCUGAUCCAAGGUAGUAUUCAGUCCAAAGAAGUGAGGGCUUAUUCUCAGAAAAUUCUAUGUUGCAACAGAAAUAAACGAACCAGUGAUCCAGUUGAGAAGAAAAUGUCAUGUCCUUUUUGAAACACGUGGUUGGAAAAUUGGCCUUGCCUGUUCUCUGUAACAGAUCUCCCCUCAAAGCUGCUGGUCUGGCAUCUAAUUUAAGCACCAACAGGGUUGAACGAUCAUAACUUGUUUUAGCUACUACAUCUUACGCCCUGGCUGGCAAAAUUAUCCAUGAGACUUGUUCCUCUCUGUCCAGAGAGACUCUGUGAUCUGAUACAGUCACAUUGUGAAAAACUGCUGCUUCAGUCAAGGUGAAAAUAUUCAAUCUUUCCCUGGCCACAGCUGCUGCUGUGGGAUACAGUCAGGAGGGAUGGCUCCACAAGCAUUACAUCCUCAAAAUUUCAUUAUGUCUUCAUUAUAAUCAAGAAUUAGAUAAACACUUGAGUGUAGAUGGGCUGAACGUAUCGUGUACGUGGACAAACAGGAGCAACAAACGCCAGUGCUGCUUGUAUGAACCUCUGUCAAACCUCAGGUGUUUCAGCAGAUUCCUCCCUUGGAGUAACUGAAUAAAAUCAUAGAAUCAUAUAAUUGUUUGGGUUGGAAGGGACCUUAAAGAUCAUCCAGUUCC